CCUUUCAGCUUUCGUUUUCUCUCACUCUUUAAGCUACCAAAAACUAUUUCCUGUCCGUAGAUUUCUCUUUCAUUUUUUCUUCUUCUUGCAAGUUUUCUCAUGCACCCACUUUGAGCAAAAGAAUUCCCACCUGCAUUUUGCCUUUUCCACCCAAUAAAAAUCUGGAAUUUUACGUAAAUUAGAGACGAUAUUUUACUGGAAGAGAAUUUUGGGCUAAUAAUGGCUGGGAAUCAAGAAAAAUGGAGGGCUUUCAGACCUUUGCUUACAGUUGUAUGGAGCUUUCUGUUGGCUUCAAUAUUUGUUUCUGCUGAAAGAAGAAGCUCAAAGCAGAGAUUUCUAUCAAAUAAUGCAAAUGGGUUUGCACAUUCUGAUUCUUAUUCGGAUGUUUUAAAAAAUUGUCUGAAUUUUAUAUGGCAAGCCAACAAAUCUGGGUACCAGCACGUUUGGCCGGAUCUGAAAUUCAACUGGCAAAUUGUUGUUGGUAGCAUAAUUGGAUUUCUCGGAGCAGCUUUUGGAAGUGUUGGUGGCGUUGGCGGUGGUGGGAUAUAUGUUCCCAUGCUUACUCUUAUUAUUGGAUUUGAUCCCAAAUCGGCGACCGCUAUCUCAAAAUGUAUGAUCAUGGGAGCUGCAGUCUCGACCGUUUACUAUAAUCUUAAGCUCAGGCAUCCGACAAUCGACAUGCCAAUUAUUGACUAUGAUUUGGCAGUUCUUAUCCAACCUAUGCUUAUGCUAGGCAUUAGCAUUGGAGUUGCAUUCAAUGUGAUAUUUGCCGAUUGGAUGGUCACUAUUCUUUUAAUUGUGCUCUUUAUAGGCACAUCAACCAAGUCUUUUUUCAGAGGAGUUGAAACAUGGAAGAAAGAAACUAUCAUGAAAAAGGUAAUCACUUCAACAUUUUUACGCAGUUGGUGGCAUUAUGGUUUGGUUAUAAAAAAUAGACCAAAAUAUAAAAAAGACGCGCCGCUUCCUUUUGCUGCCUAUACUAAAAAAUAUAGCCACUGGUUAUCUCCAUCUACCAAACAGCAACAAGAAGCUAAACCUUAUCGCGCACAAAGCAUGAGUAGGAAAUCAUUGAACACGCACAAAGUUUGCGGUGCCUUCAGAAUUACACUAGAGUUUUGA